AUGGAACCAGUAAACCCCUCAGCUUGGAGCCUGUUUAUUGACAGAUCUUCUGGUAAGAGGGGCUCGAGAGCGAGAGUAGUGCUUGUAAGCUCAGAAGGAUACAAGCUCAACUGUGCAGUAAGGUCCUCUAUAUCCAAAGGGGAGGAAGUACCACAUUGGAUGCAACAAAUCAUCACUUUCCUUAAGGAUCAGGAACUACACGAAGACAGGGAAGAGGUUCGCAAACUUGGGCGUAGAUCCACCCAAUAUGUACUCAUGGAUGAAGUACUUUACAAGAGAGGCUUACUGUCGCCCCUCUUGAGGGAAUCCAGUGUGGGCACAUUGGGUCUCAACUGGGAAGGACCUUACCUUAUAUCUGAUGAAUUGAGGUCAGGGACUCUUAGAAUCGAGAGCUUAGAUAGAAAGUGCAACCCCCCUAGAAUGUCGAGCAUUUGA